AACCAGUUGUUUUCGAGAAAGGAGAGAAGAAGUGUAUCGUUUCGGAAGUUAACAUGGCGUCGUACCGAAACGUGCCAUUACUGUGUACAAUGCAGCAUUAAAAUAGCGAUACGAUAUGCAGUUUACGUGUAGUGCAAGGAGAUCUUUGCCGUUUAUCAUCGAGUGUAUCUAAAAUUGUGACGAAGUUUUUAACGACAAAAGGAAAUACAGAAAAAUCAAAAAUUAAGAAAAGAAAAAAGAGGUAUCACAACGAUCAUCCGGCCAAAUGACAUGGGAAUUUGCAGCAGGAGACACUUUCUAUUGACAAUAUGCAUUCUACAACUCAUUACUACUGUAGAGCGUCAAGUUUUCGACUUUCUGGGGUUUAUGUGGGCCCCGAUACUGGUCAAUUUUUUUAAUAUUAUUUUUGUUAUUCUGGGGUUUUUCGGGGGCUUUCAAUACAGACCUAAAUAUAUCAUAUCGUAUUGUAUAUGGAACACACUUUGGUUAGGAUGGAACAUAUUUAUAAUAUGUUUUUAUCUCAACGUAGGAAUAUUGGAUAAAAAUAGUGAUAUUUUAAAUCUUGGUACUGGUAGUUUUUCCUGGUGGCAUGUAAAUGGACCUGGUUGUAAAGCUGUAUAUGAUGUGACUGAACCAGAAUUAUUCAGACCAGCGCGUCCCAGUAAUGUGACGGAUUGUGUACUGGAUUAUGAAGUAGUUGAAAUCUUACAUGCAUCUACACAAUGUCUUUUAGGGUUAAUGGCAAUUAUAGGAGGGAUCUGUCUAAGUAAAGUCUUUCUAGAAGAAGAUGAUAGCUUUGACUUUGUGGGCGGUGAUGACUUUGGGUUGGCAGGCCACACACAGUUGCAUCCUAUGUAUGUUAGUUAUUCGGCACUUCCAACACCUUCUUAUCCACAUAAAAAUUCCAGUCAAGAUUAUCCUGCAGGCACAACUAGCUCUCACCAAUCUGUUUAUCGAGACACUACUUUUCCAAAAAGAAAUGAGAAAUCAUUUAAUAAUACCAGUAAUAGUAAAAAUAGUAACAAAGAUGAUACUAUCAUAAGUAAUAGAAGUAAUCUAUCCAAUAAUGAUAUGAAAAAUGUAGAAUAUUCGACUGAUUAUUCGAAUCCUUUAGAUCAUCUUCAAAGACCUAUCUCACCAUACGAUGAAUAUGAUUCCUUAGAUAGUGCAGCAAGGUUAAAAUAUCAAAAGAAUAAGUUAUAUUAUCCACAUUCUUCAAAAUAUGUUUCUGUUUCAAAUGCUAAAUGUAAAACUCAGUCAAGUCAUGGAAAACAAACUAGGACGUCUAGCAAACCUAGAAUUUUUACUGACCACAUUCGCGAACAGCCUUUAAGAUCGUUUUAUUCCGAUCCAAAAUUGGCCAUUGAUCGUCAUCAAAGUAUGAAUAAUCAUGACAGAUCAAAUAAAUCCAAAAGAGAAAGUAGACCUUUAUCGUUAUUACAAAUUAAGAAGAAGAAGAAAAAAAAACAGCCUCGGCCGUUGUAUAGCAUCGAGUAUUCUCAACCAGAACCUCCUGUACAUGACGACAGUGUAUCACCUAAACCAAUGACACCUCGAAGAGUGAAGAGACGUUCUGUGAUAUCACGAGAUGGUACACGUCGAUCCAGUCGAAGAAGUUCAGUCAGGCAAUCGCGUAGAAAAAAUCCAGUUAAUCGAAUAAUGGAUCAUCAGGAAAGUCUUUAUGCUAACACAGCACCAAGUAACUUAACCAAUCAGAAUGUUAACUCUUUGUCCCAAGGAACAUUGAAUUAUGAUAGAAUUUCGGUUGGUUGGGACAGAGAUAGGAAUUCCAAUUGGCAGCCGGAAGCUGUUAACAUGGCUGUCUCUUCGCCAACGCUUUGGACUGCACAAGACAGUAACAAUUAUUCUAACACAAGUAAUUAUUCCAAUCAGAACUUGCCUAUUUGGGAUGGAAGCAACUCCACAAGGAAUCUCACUGAUAAUUGGCAAGGAAACGAUCUGAAUACCAUGCAGUGGCAAGGUCAAAGCAAUCCGACUUUUCAACAGACAAGUACUCAAAGCUUGAAUGGCGAGGAUCUUGAAGAUUUGUAUAGCAAUCGACCAGCUAGUGUUAGGUCAAGUUAUAGCAAUUAUCACGGUGUUAGGGCUACACCUCAGGUACCUAGUAGAACUGAUAUUGUCAGGCAGAGUCAAAGACAAUUUGUUCUUAGUGGACCACCAGCGUAUCAGGAUACAGUGAUAUGAUACAUUGAUAAUCUCCUAAUGAUAGCUUAAUAUUCACUUUUUUUCUUUUUUUUUUUCAUCUUACCAUGUCCAUAAUUUUUAAAGCUUUACCCUAAUAUGUGGACUGAUGCAAGAGGAAUAGACUUUGUACAGAUUUUAUUUAAGAUUUUUAUGCAAACUCUUCAUUGUGUAUUGCUGUUGAAUCAGGUGAUUUUUUUUUAAAACUACGAUAAUAAUUUAUAACUUUAAGAAAUUCACAAAUUUCAAUCCUAACUUUAUAAACAUUAUACAAAGUGAACUAUAUAAAACAGAUGAUUUCAAUAUUUUUUAUAAUAAGCAAUGGAAGAUAUUGAAAUAUCUUGUUUUGUGAAAAGUUCAUUUAGUAUACACAUAUAUUAACUGACAUCAUGCCUUGAAUCUCAGGUUUUAGGAACAUUGAAAAUUUUACAACACUAGGGGAUACAUGCAUACUAGUACGAUAUAUUAUUAUCAAUAUUAUUUUUAUCAACGAAUUUAACGAUACCGCCACUAUUAUAAUUUAGAAAAUAUUUCUUUAAACGUUCUCAAGAAUGACCAUGGUCAUAUUUGUGCGAAUUAAAAUCAACAAUUUUUACUAUAUGCAUCAAAUCAAAAUUAAUUAAAAAAGACAAUCGUUCGAUAUUCUCAUUUU